GGGAGGAGGGGGCAUGAUGUCUGAGAACAACACUCAAGGGUCCGGUCAGGCUGGGAGAGUGGAGUCUGAUUGAUUAGGCGUGUGGACACAUUCAGGUGCUGCAAACCACGCUGACAAUCCCUGUUCGUGGAGAGUGAGGUGUGGGGAUGUGGCAGCUUGUGGGAGUGUUCUCCCUCUGUCUCUGCCACUGUGUGGGGGGGCAGCUGCAAGAGACCAGGGUGAAGGGGGCUCCGCCCCGACUGAUCUGCAGCAUUCCGGGGUUGCCGGGGGCACCGGGGAAACCAGGCUCCAGCGGGGCACCAGGACCCCAUGGGCACAUUGGGCUCCCUGGGCGAGAUGGGCGAGACGGCCGAAAGGGCGAGAAGGGCGAGAAGGGCGACACAGGAGUGAAGGGGCGAGUGGGGGCCACAGGGAAAAUGGGGCAGAGAGGGGAGCGAGGACCCCCUGGGAAGAGAGGCCCGGGGGGUACGGGCGGGGACAAGGGUCCGCUGGGCACGGUGGGCCCCCCGGGCGAGAAGGGUGAGAAGGGUCAGAGGGGCGUGCGCGGAACACCCGGAAUCUGCCGCUGCGGGAGCUUGGUGCCCAAAGCGGCGUUCUCCGUGGGCAUCACCACCAGCUACCCCGCCGAGAGGGUGCCCAUCAAGUUCAACAAGGUCCUCUUCAAUGAGGGCAGCCACUACAACCCACAGACAGGCAAGUUCAUCUGUGCCUACCCAGGCAUCUACUACUUCUCCUACGACAUUACCCUGGCCAACAAGCACCUGGCCAUCAGCCUGGUACACAACGGCCAGUACAAGAUCAAGACCUUUGACGCCAACACAGGCAACCACGACGUGGCGUCUGGCUCCACCGUCAUGUACCUGAACCCGGAGGAUGAGGUAUGGCUGGAGAUCUUCUACACGGACCAGAACGGCCUCUUCGCCGACCCCGGCUGGGCUGACAGCCUGUUUUCGGGUUUCCUGCUCUAUGCUGACACUAACUACCUGGACACACUCUCAGAGGACUACGCUUAGGGCAGUCGCGGUGCUGUCACUAAAGAAAACCGCUAUCCUGUGUCAGAACACAACAGCAAUCUUACUGCACCUGGUGCCUCUAGAGCGCGCUGUCCUCUGAGACAACUGGUGAUGGGAGAGUGGAGUUCAAAGAACCUCCUCUAAUGGAUGGAGCUACCAUGUCUCCUUUAACCACAGGCUCCAAUCACACACGACUUGGCUCUCCACAGCGGAACAUUGCGUUUCCUUCAAAUCAUUAAGUCACCGUGUCGCUGAACCCCCUCUGCGGUACACAGAGCCCCGGGCUCACGUCACAGCAGAUGACGUGCACCCACUCAAUGUAGCGUGCGCACUCAACGCAGUGUACACACUCGAUGCAGUGCACACUGCCUUAAAGUUCACGGUACUCUGAGUCAAAACUGCACAUCAUAAAGUUUUUUUAUUUGUGUUUAUGGUCAGGUUAAUCAUACCUGUCAAACCAAAGGCCAAAUGUAGUCCAAUUGCUGUUGUGCGAAACAUGUAGUUCAUCCAUCAUAUCAUACAGAUAAUGAAACAGUCCGCAGUGAGAGUUCUCAAUAUAACAGUAAAAUGUAGCUAUAUGAAUAUGUGAAGUCUAAAUCUAUAUUACUGUAUCCACCUCCAGUGCUCUUUCUAUAUGUAUAUGUGAAACUGAAUAUGCUGGGGAAUUCAGACUUGUGGGUUUGUUUAUGAUGCUUUCAAACAAGUAAAGGGCGUAUUAUUACCUGCCAAUGCCAAAUAAAGUGACACAGAUAGACUGUAGCAUGCAUCUCGUAAACACAGAAUACUUGAAUUAAGCUGUAAGCUGUUCCAAACUCUUUGUAUUGAUUCUAAACACUUUAAAUGAAUUAUUAAUUUCAGCCAUUUAUAGGGACUGUAAUUAUUGGCUGUUCUAGUCAACUCUAACCC